AUUGCUUUGCAUCUCAGUUUCUUAUUAGACUAUUGAUAAUUACAAACAAGAAUUGGCUUGCAAAAUAAAUUUAUAAUUCAAUUAAGUUAAUUGCAACUCAAAAUGAACAUAAACCUGUCCAAUUUCAACAUGAAGAGCCUGGUGAAAGAAGCGGGCAGCACAAUAUCGCGCGUGGUGCAGCUAACCGAGGAGAAAUUGGGCACCACCGAGCGCACCGAAUACGAUAUACACUUUCAAAACCUGGCUGAACGCGCCGAUGUGACCAAAUCAUGGACUGAGAAAAUAGUGCGCGACACCGAAUCGGUGCUCAUACCCAAUCCACAGAAUCGCGUCGAGGACUAUAUUUUCGAAAAGAUUGAAAAAUCAAAGCCGAAGCGCUUAAGCAAUCUGGAGCACCUGGCGUUGGACAUGAUUGAGGCCGGCGGCGACUUUGGCCAGGACUUGCCAUAUGGCCAAGCGUUAAUCAAAGUGGGCCAGGCAGAGCAGAAGCUGGGCCAGUGCGAGCAUGAUUUCAUAGCCACAUCGGGCAUUUGCUUCACGCAACCGUUGCGCAAAUUCCUCGAGGGCGAAAUGAAGACUAUUAGUAAGGAGCGUGGGCUGCUGGAGACGAAGCGCUUGGACCUGGAUGCGUGCAAAAACCGGGUGAAGAAGGCGCGCAGCAUGCUGGGCCAGCAGUCGAAAGAUGGCAUUUCGCCAGAAGCUGCCUUGGAACAGGCGGAGCGCGAUCUGCGCGUAGCUCAAGCCGAGUUCGACAGGCAGGCCGAGAUCACCAAGCUGUUGCUGGACGGGAUUAGCACCUCGCAGGCGUCGCACUUGCGUCAUCUGCACGCCUUCGUUCAGACGCAGGUGCGAUACUACAAGCAAUGCGGCGACGUUAUGGACCAACUGCAGCGCGAGUUGGCCAAAAUGCAGCCAGCGAAGCCUCGCCUGCGCAUCAAUAGCGAAGAUGUGGACGGGCCUCCCAGCAUUGCUUCGGCGCAUUCAUGUGAUUCCAGUGAAGCCAGUUCCAUCGCACUGGCCAAGGCCAUAGAUAGCGAUUACGAUUUUGAUAAUGGGCAGGAUAUUGAUAUUGAUAUUGAGUCGGGCUUUAAGAGCAUUGACAUUGGUCCGGUCAAGGCGCUCACCCAUCUGCUGGAAGACUUUGAGAUAGAAUUCGAUACGAGCGCCAUAAGCACAGUUUAAUUUAAUUCAUCUGAAAUGAUAAACAAGUCUUGAAUCAAAAUUUUUGAAGCGGGUUAACACACAUACGUAUACGCAUAUAUAUGUAUAUACUAUUAGGCUAAACUUUUUGUAUUGGUUGUUCUAUUGAAACGAAACUUAUUUAGUCGUCCAUUUGUAGUCUCCUAGUUGCUUCUGUUUCUAUUGCGGUUGCGGUUGCUGUUAAGCGGUUUCAAUUGUAGCUCCACCUAUCCACUAUCCUAAAUUUCCAACAUCAAGUUCAUUCACACUCAAGCCAUUUAAACUCUCCUCUCUGCCUCUGC